AAUCUUUUUUUUUCUUGUUUUGAUGUCGUUUAAAUACCCUUGCACAAUCCUUGUAAUUUUAAGUCCUUUUCUUUUCGGUUAAUUUUUAUUGUCAGAAUGCUGGCUCGUACGGGAGUUAGAAUUAUUCGUAGCAUAAACAAUGCAAAUGUCAAUGGAAGACAGUUCUUAAAAAAUAAUUAUGGAUUACAGAUAAAAAAGACAUCUAAUGGUGAACAAAGAGCAUUUUCUGCUAAACCAUUAACAAAGACUAAAGAAACAAAACUUGUGCAACAACUUAAAGCCAGAAUUUCUGCAACAGGCCCUAUGACUGUUGCCGAGUAUAUGAAAGAAAUUGGCAUAAAUCCCAUGUCAGGAUAUUACAUGCAUCGAGAUGUAAUUGGAAGCUCUGGUGUUAUCACAUCACCUGAAAUUUCACAGUUAUAUGGUGAUAUAAUUGCAGAAUGGUGUUUGAAAGAAUGGAUUAAAGCUGGGAAACCAAAACCUUGGUAUAUUGUUGAAAUAGGGCCCAAUAGAGGAGCUUUAUCAGAUGAACUCUUGAGGGUGUUUUCUCAAAACAAUGAUGCAAGAGAAGUAGUCUCUUUACACUUGGUUGAAGUGAGUCCACAUCUGAGCCAGCUUCAGGAAUUAAAAUUAUGUGGCACAGUCAGUGUUGUUAAAGAUGUUUUGGAAGCAGAUGAUUCAAGACGGCAUUUACAUCUUCACACCAACCAAGAUAAUGAUGAAUUAAUGUACAAGCAUAAUAUAACAAAGCACGGUGUACCUGUUUCAUGGUACAGAAAUUUGGAAGAUGUUCCACAAGGAUUUUCGUGCAUCAUAGCUUAUGAAUUGUUUGAUGCUUUUCCUAUCCAUAAAUUACAGAAAACUAAUGAAGGCUGGAGAGAAGUCCUGAUCGACUUAGACGAUGGACAAGGAGAGCAUCAUCUACGUUAUGUUGUGUCACGUGGGCCCACGCCCGCCAGUCAGUUUUUCAUUGACGCUGAUGAAACACGAACUAGUUUAGAAGUCAGUCCUGAAAGUGGGGUAUUGGUUCAAGAAAUAGCUGCUAGAAUAGAAAAAGAAGGUGGUUAUUCACUUUUGAUAGAUUAUGGUCAUGAUGGGACAAAAACAGACACAUUUAGAGCUUUUAGAAGACAUGCUUUGCAUGACCCACUUAGUGAACCAGGAACUGCUGAUCUUACGGCUGAUGUAGAUUUUUCUUACUUGAAGAAAAUGGUCAAAGGAAAAGCCUUAACAUUUGGACCUGUAACCCAAAAGGAGUUUCUCACAAAUAUGGAUAUUAAAACAAAAUUUGAAAAAAUUUUGGCUACAGUUAAACCUGAAUUACAUAAAGAUCUUAUUGCAAGCUAUGAUAUGUUACUUGGACCAGAUCAUAUGGGUGAAAGGUUCAAAUUUCUUGGUCUUUAUCCUUUGGAUGUUGCAGAAGAUCUUAAGAGAGAUCCCCCAGCAGGCUUUUUUAAGAAAUGAAGGAAUCUUUUCUUAAGAUGAAUAUACUGACCAAUGACAGUAAAGUUGGAGCACGUUUUCCUGCUGUGACACGAAGGAAUUAGACUUUUUUUCACUUUUUUGUAAUUACAAGCUUUAUAGUAUAUGUAUAGUUUUCCUAAAUAUAUAAUUUAUAUAUGUGCAUACAGUAUGUGUGAAAAUAUA